GUCACUGCGAAGUGCCUGUAAAAUGCUUUAUGCAGGAAUCCUACGGCUGACUUUUGGAGGUGAGGGCAAGGCAACCUUUCCAGGUAUCAAAUUUUUACCGAGUUGCAGAGUGCAACAUUCCCCUCUGGAUCAUGUGACUCCUUUCUCCGAAACAGGUCAGUGGGACCUGCGGUUUCUGCAACGCUGCCCUCGACUUCAAACAGAAACCACACCCCUUUCUUCGGAAUAUACCUUAUCCACACAAAUGGGGAAUAUAACAUCUCAUAUUCAAUACGUGCACACAUAUGCGCACGCGGCCGUACUGCAUCGCACACUGCGGGAAGCUUAGGGAUUAGCUUGACUGCAUGACUGUAGGAGGAAGCCUGAUGCUGGCAGAGGAGCAAGUGCAUAAACUCUAUGCCUGAAUAUUUUAUAUGCAUGCAAAUACCACAUACAAAAGUGAUUAAGCAGAGGUAUCUGACAUUAUCUAUAUACAACCAGUUCUAAAAUUUGCUAAAGAAAUAUUUUUACAGUUUUAUAAACCAAUAUAGUGCAGGAGAACGUAUUACAAGAAUGCUAUGUGCACUAUGCUAAAUCCUAAAAUAGCGUGACGGGGGCGAUCUGGGUUUGGAAGCCAGAUACAGAUCACUGCUCACCGAGUCGUAACCCCAACUUUAGCUGCAGAUGCACAGACGAGCCGAGCUCGGGGAAGACAUGGCAAACCGUCCAUACUGGUGCAGUCAUGUAGGUUCAGCAGUUCAGUACAAGAUGGAUCACACUGAAUGUAUUCACUGGGAGGAUCAACACAGCUAUGAGCUUAACAAACUCAGUUUACGACCUACACAUUAUUACAAUUAUAUAUGUUUUUUUUUAACUAGUCAUGUGUCACAAGGUGUCAUAUUACACUUCUGAAUAAAUCUUGCUGCGAUGCAUGUGGACUGGGACUGGCAAGCCAAGAUCUGGGACGAUAUCCUUCAAUCGCAGCCAUCCGCUCCUUUAAUUAAUCCCGACAGUUGAUUCUAACGUUUAUGGCCUCUGAGAGAUUUAAGAAGCCCUUAACGUGUAGCCCUGUUUACCAUUUUUGAGACGCAUGAUCUGUGAUGAAAUCCGAGCCUUAGGGGAAUGGUGGGAGCAAGUGUCAGAGAAAGGCGAUCGACGGAGGGAGGUGGACGCGAUCCGAAUACUUUCCACCGUCAUUCACUUGCGGAGGCUUGCGGCACACGGCGGCCGGGCAAUGGCAGGAUAGGUUGCGGAAGAGAAAACGGCCUGUAAGAGUUCAGCAAAAAAGGAGCUGCAGGGUGGAGCGCAACAGCGAAUAGCAAGACGUACGUAUACAUAUGCAGAAAUGUCAGAGAAGGUCCUCGAUCCAGAUGCGACCAAUCAGAAGCCUUCAGCCAACAAGAACAUCAAGAAAGUGCGGGUUCUGAGCACAGUAUGCAGCCUGGCAAAAAGCUGGCAGCAGUGGGUGACAGACAAUGAGGAGAAGCAAGCCAGCGAGCCCUCGGGCUGGAGUCCCUCCUCGGGCAAGCAGGAUGAAUGGAAGCAGAACUCAAGGAGAGACUCCUCCAAAAAGCAGACUCGUCCAACCUCGGCUCCCCCCAGCACAGCAGGAUAUACCUUGGUGUCCCUACAGCCCCUGGAGGAGGUCAACAGCAACAUCCCAGCAGCCUCCAAGAUCAAGACCAAGCAGGUGGCAAAGUCGGUGACGAGCAGCGUGCAGGAGAAAGGUGCGGGCAUCGGGCUGCUCGCCGAGCGUUACGGCAAAGAGGCCACGGAGGACGUCGACAGGAUGCUAAAGGCCAGGGGCUCGCCCACACGCCGACGGAAAUGUGCCAACGUAGUGUCGGUGCUCACCAAAGGAUGGAAGCAGGUGGAGAAGGAGCGACGGCAGAAGGAGGCCAACAGCCUAGAGGGUGAUGGGGCCUGCAGCAUGGACACGAAGGACAGUAGCUUCUCAGAGGUGGACAAGAGAAGUCUGGAAGGUGGCAUCACGCCCGGCAAACCCAUACAGGCAGGCAGCACCCAAGACUCCCCAAUAAGCAAAGACAAAAUGGAGGCAAUAGACACGCCUGAAUCGUGGGUUAGGAUAAAAAGGCCUUCAUCUACAGUGGUAAACAGAGAUGUGGACGAGACUAAAAGACUGAGUUCGGUGUCGAAGAAGUACAGUCCCGUCGGGAACCUGGCGAACAAGUGGCAGAACUGGGCCUCGCAGCACGAGAUCAACCAAAAGCUGAACCCGUUCAGCGACGAGUUUGACUACGAGCUGUCUAUGUCCACACGCCUGCACAAGGGCCAGGAGGGCUACGGGAGGCCCAAGGAGGGCAGCAAGACAGCGGAGAGGGCCAAGCGAGCCGAGGCCCACAUCCACCGCGAGAUCGACGACAUGUGCUUCAUCAUCCGCACCAUGACCGAGCCGGGUGCCGACGGCCGGAUCCGAGUCACGUUCGGCGAGCUGUUUGACAGAUACGUACGCAUCUCAGACAAGGUGGUGGGCAUCCUGAUGAGGGCCAGGAAACACGGCAAGGUGGCCUUCCAGGGCGAGAUGCUGUGGCAAGGCCAGGACGACCACGUCGUUAUCACACUCCUUGUUUGAUGGCAAAAAAGCUUCGAACCAAAACAUACCUGGAUGAAGCAAGACAGCAGCUGUCUCUUCCUGCAGCACAUAUUUUAUUAAGACUGAUGUUUUGGCAGGUGCCAUGGAGCUAACAGAACACAGCUAAGAAACUUCUGUGUGAUGAAUAUGACUAUUUUUCCAGAUUUAAAAUUAAACUACAUAGACAGGUAGAAACGUCAGAUGUAGUCACUCUGGAUAAAGGAUGCACUACAGAGGCUCAAGAAAUAUAUUAUUUAUUCAGUUAUAGCUUUUAUCUCAACGUUUUGGGAAACAAACAGUUCAAAGUUGUGUUUAAAGUUGAUUUUUUUUUUUCCUCAUUAUGUUUUGAAUUUAUAUUCCUGGUUUUAUAACAUCAUAAACUUUUCAUUGUGAAAAAUGGGACACUGGAGUUUGUAAAGCAUUUUGUUUUGGUAUAAUAAAACAUUAGGUACUGAGACGGGUGAUGGUGUGAUUUGGCAACGUAGCUGGGAGGCAAGAUCUCAGUCACGAGGGAAAUGACAGAUUAAAAUACCUGCAGCUCUGCUGUUUGAUCUGAACCUAUAGGGGCUGCUGCAACUUGCUGUUUGAAUCCAGUUAAAAAACUGUCAGGCUUGUCACGUAAACCACGUGCAAAAGCAACUAAUCACACAUUGCAUUUCCACUUCCGGGAAUUAGCUGUAAAAAAUGAGAAAUUCUGCUUAAGAAAAUGCAUAUUAUUAUUAGAACUACCGUAUUUUACAUAGAAUUCGCUAGGAUAUUUAAAUAUCGCUACGUGUGGCUGGAGUUUGAUCUCUCGAUCUCGUGCAAUAAGUGACAUGCCGUUUGCCUGUUUAGUGUCUCUAAAUUGCCGAGACAAGACACAAGUGCCUUAUAAUAUUUAGC